UAUGGGUACGUACCGCGCGCUUUGCCACAUGCUCCCACCUUUGUAGGUAGAGAAGGUUACCUGCUUCAACAGUGCUUGAACGGCAACCGGCCUACCAGCAAAUUUGUACAACCUUCAGUCCACAUUUUGACAUCAUCAAAUAAAUCAGACUCCCUACGUUCUUCAGGACCUGCCGUCAGUGCUAUCCAGCAAGUAACGCAAUGGCAUCCCAAGUGAGGCACAACUUCCACCAGGACUGCGAAGCAGCCAUUAACCGGCAGAUCAACAUGGAGCUCUACGCCUCCUAUGUUUACCUGUCCAUGGCCUACUAUUUCGACCGAGACGACCAGGCCCUGCACAACUUCGCCAAGUUCUUCCGCAAGCAGUCCCACGAGGAGCGGGAGCAUGCGGAGAAGCUGAUGAAGUUGCAGAAUCAGAGAGGCGGCCGUAUCUUCCUGCAGGACAUCAAGAAACCAGAGAGGGAUGAGUGGGGUAGCGGUGUGGAGGCUCUGGAGUGUGCUUUACAGCUGGAGAAGACUGUGAACCAGUCCCUGCUGGAUAUGCACAAGCUGUCGACGGAGCACAAUGAUCCUCACAUGUGUGACUUCAUUGAGACACACUACCUGGAUGAGCAGGUGAAGUCCAUCAAGGAAUUGGGGGAUUGGGUCACCAACCUGCGUCGCAUGGGCGCCCCACAGAACGGCAUGGCGGAGUACCUGUUCGACAAGCAUACGCUGGGAGAGGAGAGCAGUUAGAUCGUCACGCUCGCUUCUGCAUGUUUUACCUAAUGGCUGCGUGCGUGUCCGUGCGCAGCGUCCUUAGCACGGCUCUGCUUAGGUGCCAGCUUGCCCUCAGCCUCCCACAUUGUACCUUCCAAAGCUCUCAUAAGCCAUAGUGCUCCGCUUUGUAUUCUAUGUAUUACUGGUUGCUCACUUGUCAAAAGAAACUCAAAUAAAUGAAACUCUUGUUUCUGA